AUGGGGGUUGAUGGUGUAAUCGGGGAAGACGAAGGGUUAAGGCGACGAGGGUGUUCAUGCGGAAAAGACGAUUUUCUCCCUGAGGAAUCGUUUAAGAGCUGGGGCAAUUACGUCCAAGCACUGAAAGAAACUCCGAAUCGGUUCAUGAAUCGGGUUUUGACCCGGUCGCUUGACUCGACGGAGCUCCAUGAAAUCAAGGCUCGAAGCCAACAUGAAAUGAAGAAGAACCUCUCGUGGUGGGACCUUAUUUGGUUUGGUAUCGGUGCCGUCAUCGGAUCCGGAAUUUUCGUUCUCACCGGACUUCAAGCACAGCAAGUCUCCGGCCCCGCCGUGGUUUUGUCCUUCGUGGUGUCCGGCGUGUCGGCCAUGCUUUCCGUGUUUUGCUACACUGAGUUCGCCGUUGAAAUUCCCGUUGCUGGUGGCUCGUUUGCAUACCUUAGAGUGGAAUUAGGUGAUUUCAUUGCCUAUAUUGCUGCCGGUAACAUCCUCUUGGAGUACGUUAUCGGUGGUGCUGCGGUGGCUCGGUCGUGGACUUCCUAUUUCGCCACCCUUUGCAACCAUGAUUCCGAUGAUUUCGUCAUCAUAGUCCACAGCAUGCCCGAUGACUACAGUAAACUCGAUCCUAUCGCUGUCGUUGUCGUUUGUGUCAUAUGCGUUCUCGCCGUCCUUAGCACAAAGGGCUCAUCACGCUUCAAUUACAUCGCUUCCAUCAUCCACGUCAUCGUUAUCCUCUUCAUAAUCAUCGCCGGUUUUACGAAAGCCGAUACCAAAAACUAUAGCAACUUCGCUCCCUUUGGUGUUCGUGGUAUUUUCAAGUCUUCAGCCGUGCUUUUCUUCGCCUACGUCGGGUUCGAUGCUGUUUCGACGAUGGCGGAAGAGACAAAGAACCCCGCUCGCGAUAUCCCUAUCGGUCUCGUAGGCUCGAUGGCGAUAACAACGGCUGCAUAUUGCUUGCUUUCCGUGGUGUUAUGCUUAAUGCAACCGUACCCGAAGAUAGACAAGGACGCACCAUUUUCUGUAGCGUUUGAAGCUGUAGGGAUGUCAUGGGCUAAGUACAUCGUGGCCGCCGGUGCAUUGAAAGGCAUGACAACGGUCUUACUUGUCGGUGCCGUUGGUCAGGCUCGAUACCUCACACAUAUUGCUCGAACACACAUGUUGCCACCAUGGCUAGCACAAAUCCAUCCGAAAACCGGUACACCAAUCAACGCCACAAUUGUCAUGCUUAUCGCGACCGCGAUCAUCGCUUUCUUCACCGAUCUCAAGAUUCUCGCCGAUCUUCUUUCGAUAUCGACGUUAUUCAUCUUCUUGCUCGUGGCUCUCGCUCUUAUAGUUCGACGUUAUUACGUGAGCGGAGAGACGAGUACGACCGACCGUAUCAUACUAAUCACGUGCCUAAUUCUUAUUUUAGGGUCUUCAAUCGCAACAGCUACUUAUUGGGGUGUAAGUGAAAACAACGAUUGGGUUGCGUACGUGAUUACGAUGCCGAUUUGGUUCUUAGCCACCGCGGGAAUAGCGGUGUUCAUUCCACAAGCGAGAAAACCAAAGGUAUGGGGUGUACCAUUGGUGCCAUGGUUGCCAUCUUUGUCUAUAGCGAUAAAUAUAUUCCUAUUGGGAUCGAUUAAUGGUGCAUCAUUCAAAAGGUUCGGGAUAUGGACGUGUGUUUUGUUGCUGUAUUAUUUCUUUUUCGGGUUACACGCGUCGUACGAUACGGCCAAAGAAUUGGGAGAAAAUCGGAUCGGAGAUGGGUGGAAAAGGGUUGAAGAAGGGCAAAGUGUUAGUACCGUUACCGCCAGUGGUGUGUCUUUAGAUGAAGCCAAGUGA